GAUAGUGAGGAAGCAGGUUGCUAUCAAGCCAGCUAACUAGCUAAGUGUUGCUAGCGGAACCUAAUAGUACCGUUAUUUUACUGUAUUUUUUUUAUAUCACAGAAAGACAGUUACGUCUACCACUCACUCAAAUAUCGAGGGGUUCGUUACUACGAAUGUAGAGUAAAAUAAAUUGGCUAGGUUGCUAUCUGAGCUCAGUAAGCCAGCUAGCAGACUAGAUGCUCCUGUAUAGAUAGCAGCAGGCUAACCAUCUCACUACGAUUGUUCGCAAGCUGAAAUAUCUGUUCCAGCGCUGAAGGCGAUGCUGUCAAAUUCAACCCCUCCCCCUACUGGUCGUGUUUAACUGGAGUAUAGUGUGCUUUCUGGUCGUGCUUGACAGCGGGUCCGGGGCUUAAGAUGGCAAAAAGCUGGCAGGACGUGGCUACUCAGCAGGCCGAGCUGAUAUCGAGCCGACUGAGAGAGCUGCUGUCCUCCGGCCUAGGCCUUCUCCGCUCCGAACUCGGGGUGGACUUGGGUCUGAAGCCCGAGCUUUAUCCGUCCUGGGUGAUCCUCCUGACGGCGGUUUUGGGUUUGCUGCUGAUCGCGGUCUCAUGGGCCGCGGCCUGCAGCGGGCUCUUCGGGGGAAGAAAGCGGCGAGCCGGGGCGAGUGAGGAGUGCAUCGACGGCGCAAAGGCCUCGCUGACCAAGGCUGUCAAAGCCGAGGAGCAGAAGAAAAAGAGCAAAAAGAAACCCGUUGAGAAGAAAUCUCAGCCAAACGGUCGCACGCUCCCAGAGCCGCAUGGGGAAGUGAAAGUUGAAGGAAUCCAGAAACAGUCCCCAGACAUCAAAACCGAAAAGGCAAAGAAGAAGAAGAAAUCAAAAACUGAAGUGAAGCAAGCACAGACUGUCUCUUCUCCUGAUGGGAAGGAGCCAGAUGAAGGUGCUUGGGAGACUAAGGUCAGUAACCGGGAGAAGCGUCAGCAGCGCAGGAAGGAGAAGGUGCCUGGUGAUGGAUCAGGGAGUCCCGGAGGAGCAGACCCCCCUGUCAGGGCCCCCGUGGAGCCGCCCAUCACCACUGCCGCCCCUGUGAGCUUGAGGAAGAGCCGAGUUGAAUCCUUGCAUGUAAAGCCUGGGAAAGGAGAUGCCAUCAUUUCGCAGGUGUCAGCCAGCUGGAGUGAGGUGUCAGCGGUCAACGGUGGAGGAUGGACCGACAUGGCCAUGAAGCUUCCCGCCCAGUUGAGCUCCUCGGAUGGGGAGAAGUGGCCCAGCAUCCUGAAGGAGGCUGGUCACCGGAACCCGGAGCCCCAGCCCUGGGGACAGGACACUGAAGGAUCCUGGACUGCCUUAGAUGGGAGGUUGAAGACAGACCUAAGUUCAGCAUCCUUCACUGUGCUUGGAUUAAAUGCUACUGGUGGGGAGGCUGUGCCUGCACCUGCUGCUGACCUGCAGCGGGACAGCGGCCCUGCCGUGGACGACGAGUGGUCUGGAUUCAAUGGGAUGGAAGGGGUGGACCCCAGCUCCGACUGGAACGCCCCCUCUGAACUGUGGGGGAACUACGAGGAGCCCCAGCCAGAGAGCCCCGCCCCAUCAAACGAUCCCGCCCCUGAAGCUGUGAAGGUGUCCGAUGAUGAGAAGGACAAGGGGGACAAUUCCGGCGGCGCGAGUGGCAAAUCCAAGAAGAAGAAGAAAAAGAAGAAGAAACAAGAUGAGGCUGGUGCUACUCUGCAGGAGUCAGAGGAGCCGGAGAAGGAGGCUGCAUCCGAGGGGGAGGAGCUGAGGAAACCGGUCCAGGAGACGGCACAGCCCGAGACCCCGGCUGCCCUCGAGGAGAGGAUAUCUGUCCCGGAGAGCGCGUCCCAGAAGCCGUCUUCACAAGUGCCACAGAGGCUAUCGGAGCCUGAGCCACUGGUGCCCCCUGCAAAGCAGAGCAGCACACCUCCCUCCUCACAGAAAAAAUCUGAAGAGAACUGGGAGUCUCCAAAGCAAGUCCAGAAGAAAAAGAAGGCCAGGAGAGAAACAUGAGCAUUUGAACUGGAGUCCAGGCGAUUUAUAUGCAAAAGAUUUUUUUUUUUUUUUUGAAAUUUUCACGCAAUAAUUGGAGUGUACAGAAUUUUUUUAUACAAAAAGAAAUAUUGACUGUGCUUUUUUAAAAUACUCAAAUCAAGCUCGGGAGCGAGACCAGCUCAGUGUCCCAGUUUUGCGUCCCACAAACUCACGUCACUGUGUGCAGGGUGUAGCUCUUCAGCGUUUGAAGGGGGAAUUACCAUUUAAUCACCAUUGACAUGCAGUUGGGCACAAUAACAGAAAUCUUUUUUUUUUUCCCCUCAGUUCCUGUGUACAUCAUUUUAAAUUCCGUCUGUUUGGGAACCUAAUUUAGACUGCUCACUUAUGCGGCAGGUAUUUGCUGUCAGGUUAAAGAGUAUCAAGAAAUGAGUCCUUGAUUUAAACCUUUGGUUAGACCUUGGAGCUGUUUUCAUUACUGCUUUUACGUAUUACACUUGACAGUGUUGUGGUCCUGAACCUCUAGUGGCAAUGAUCUGUGCCACAAAAAUAGAUGAAGUAUUUCAAAGACAGCACUAGGGGCAGCGGUGUGCUUGGGCGUUUGGUUACUGGUUCUCAACAUACGCUUUUGAAAAAUAUACAUUUCUUUUAAGAGAUUUUUCUUCAUAAAUGACACUAAGAUGUGUUUCUUAGUAGCUCUCUUUCCUGGGUGUAUUUUUUCUUACCGUAUUGCUUUGUGCCCUGACCUGAGAUGUUAACAUUUCUAUCCUUUUACUUUGUCAGAUGAUUCUGGAACUUUUCUUCUGGUGACUACUUCGUUACAGAAAAAAAGCCAUGCCGCAUGUAAAGAAUCUAAAGGGCCUUUUUUUAUGGUUGAAUUUUUUUUCUGUGAGUGCGCUGUAACUGCCGGUUAUAUUUGUUUUCAGAUUUAGAAGACUGUGGUAGAAUGUAAACAUUUCAUUCCUGAUUAUGAUUAUUUGACUGUGUUAAGAAACUGGUGACUUAUGGGGUGCAAUAUGUCUCGUUACAGAGGAUGAGAAGGACAUUUUGAACAGCUUUAAUCCAUGUGGUCUGGUUUACUAAGACGGUUAUAUGGAAUGAAACUCUAUUGCCUUAACCUGUAGUAUAUAUUACGUGCAUUUUAGAUGUAUUCACUGCAAGUAUUUCUGUUCUCCCUGAUCAAGUUGUCAUCAAAGGCGACAAGGGGAGAGUGGCUGUCUAAGUUUCACUUCGAGAAAUUAUUCAUGCAUGAAACUGAUGAACCAUGCUUGGACACUGCGAUAAAAUGACAAAAAAAAAGAGAUGGGCAGAUUUUUAUUGACUAGUAAUGCUGUGACAAGUACCACUCACUGUACAUAGCCUUUGAGUGUUUAAAAAGUGGACCAUGAACAUCGAGGUUUGAAACUUGUGGCAUUUACUGAAUUAUCAGCAGGGCCUUGUCUGCCAGGCUUUGAAUUAGGUAAGCGUAUUGCAGUGCCCCUGUACUCGGAUCUGUGGCCCUCUUGGAUCUGUGUAAUGAUAGAAGGCACUAGGGUGGAGCUUCAGAAAGACCUGCCUUAGUAGUGAUAGUGUUUUUUUGUUUUUUUUUUUUUCUUUUCCUAACCAAUAAUGGCAAAAUUUUAAAUCGAUGUAUUUCUACCUGUUUCUGGAGUGUAGAAU